AGCCGAAAAAAAGUUUAUCGCCAAUGAACCAAUCCGACGACCGACAGGCGCGACACGCCCGAACACCGCCAACGCCAGAUCACGACAGCCCAAAAUGGCGGCAGAAGUGCUCCCGCUGGCGCAGGUGAAGCUGCCCUCGGGGCCCAGCCCCGUCACGGCCGAGCAGCGGUACUGGAGGUCGUUCAAGAACCAGAAAUCGCACACGUCGACGGCCGCGUGGCCCAUCUCGCACAUCAGCUUCCCCGCCGCCGCCGCCAGCGCGCCGCUCUCCCACUCGCUCGUCGCUGCCUCCAAGCUCAACGACCUGUUCGCCGUGACCUCGGGCCCCCGUGUCGACAUUUUCUCCAUCCGCAAGCGUGAGCUGCUCAAAACCAUCGGCCGCUUCGACAGCGAGGCCCACUGCGGCGAGAUCCGAUCCGAUGGCAGGGUGCUCGUCGCCGGCGAGGACUCGGGCAGGAUGCAGGUGUUUGACGUGGGCGGUGGCACGCGCGCCGUUAUACUCAAGACGUGGCAUGUCCACAAGCAGCCCGUGUGGGUGACGAAGUGGUCGCCGACCGAGCUUACCACCCUGAUGAGCGCCAGUGACGACAAGACGGUCCGUCUGUGGGACCUGCCCUCGAACGAGCCGAGCCGCAUGUUUACCGGGCACUCGGAUUACGUGCGUUGCGGCGCCUUCAUGCCCGGCGGAAACAGCAACAUGCUCGUCUCGGGCUCCUACGAUGAGACGGUCCGCGUCUGGGACGCGAGAGCGCCCGGCGGUGCCGUCAUGACCUUCAAGCACGCCGAUCCCGUCGAAGAUGUCCUCCCGCUUCCAUCUGGCACGACCCUCCUGGCUGCCGCCGGCAGCGCCAUCUCCGUUCUCGACCUUGUCGCAGCGAAGCCACUCCGUCUCAUCACAAACCACCAAAAGACCGUCACGUCCCUCUGCCUCGCCUCGAACGGGCGGCGCGUGGUCAGCGGCGGUCUGGACGGCCAUGUCAAGGUCUUCGAGACGAGCGACUGGAACGUCGUGGCCGGCUCCAAGUAUCCGAGUCCGAUUCUGUCUCUCUCUGUCAUCCCCGCCGGCGCCGCCCAAGAAGACCGCCAUCUCGCCGUCGGCAUGCAAUCCGGCGUCAUGUCUCUCCGGACCCGGCUCUCCGGCGCAGCCGCCGAGAAGGCCAGGGAGCGCGCCGCGGUCGAGGCAGCCCGCGACAUGGGCACCGCCGCCCUGGAGAAACUCGACGCCCGAAAGGCCAAGCGGAAGCGCGCGGCCGUGACCAACAAGGCCAUGGACCUCCUCGGCCAGUCCGUCGACGUGAUCAUCCCCACCGACGCGACCGACGCGCACGGCCGGCGCGUGCGGCGGGCCCAUCUCAAGCCCUGGCAGCGCCACUUCCGCGAGGGGCGGUACGCGGCCGCGCUCGACGAGGUCAUCGACAUGGCCGGGCCCGAGUACCAGCCGGUGACGGCGCUGACGGUGCUCGUGGCGCUGCGCCACCGCUCGGCGCUGCGCGAGGCGCUCGAGGGCCGCGACGAGCUGUCCGUGCUGCCUCUCCUUAAGUGGGUGAGCAAGUACAUCGCCGACCCGCGCUACCUCGGCGUCUGCGUCGACGUCGCCUUCCACCUGCUCGACCUCUACGGCGAGCACGUCGGCGGCAGCGCCGAGCUGGGCGCCCGCUUCCAGGCCCUGCUGGGCAAGGUGUCCAAGGAGGUCGAGAAGGCGCAGAUGGCCAUUCAGACGAACGCCAUGGUGGAGAGCUUGGUGUUUGGGGGGAUGCAGUAGGCGACCCGAAGCUAUGCUGGGUUUGGGAGCGGGAAGAAAAGGGAAGUAACUUGUCUUGGUCAAGGGGAUUAGUGCUACUUGCAUUGCGCUGGCGUUUCUGGUUAGGGCGGGCGGUUCGGGAAGACAAAAAGUUAUCUGGGACUGUGCGGAUUUGGCGCCAUCCUUUGUGGUUCAUCAUAGAUACCUUCGGUAGAUGGAUUGAUUGAUACCUCAAUAAUGGUAUGAGAUUGGGGUUAGUCAAAGCUGGCUGCCUCAUCUUGACACUUCCGGGAUCUGAUGAUAGCUGUCUGGCCGUUAGUUUCAGCCGGAAG